GUGUUGCAGAAAGAAAAGAAAGAGGAAUGGAGGAGGAGCAGCUUGAGAAAUUCGUAACGGACUUCUUGAAGAAGAAAGGGCUGAGGGCUCUCCCAGAUGAAGUUAACCAGUCCGCAAAUACCCCCGGGGCCUCUCAAUUCGACCCCGACGUCGUCAGGCAAAUCCUCGCCUUCUCCGGAUUUCAGGAUGCUCCUGCACGCUACCAAGAUGAAUAUGCCAAGUUGAGGUCGUGGGCUUGUACUUCUCUAGACUUGUACAGGCAUGAGUUGCUCCGUGUUCUUUACCCUGUUUUUAUUCAUUGUUUCAUGGAUCUCGUUGCUAAGGGCCACAUUCAAGAAGCGAGGACAUUUUUCAGUAGCUUCCGCGAAGACCAUGAAAUGAUGCACCUGCGAGAUCUACACAAGUUGGAAGGAGUUCUUUCUCCCUCUCAUCUGCAGGAGAUGGAAUUUGCUCAUUCUCUUAGGCAGAGCAAAGUGAACAUCAAGAUAUGUCAGGUAACUUUCUGCUUCUUUUUACUGUGUCUGACUGUAUAUAGAGCUCAACCACCCUCUUAUGUUUGUGGUCAAUUGUCCUUCCAGUACUCCUAUGAGCUUCUGCUGCAGUUCUUGCACAAGUCACAGUCCACCACAAUGCUUGGGAUUAUCAAUGAGCAUAUUAAUUUCCAAGUUUCUCCUGGACAACCCAGCUCGAUUACUGAUGAUGCGGAGGCUGUAACACUUACAGGAGGCAGCCAGGAGUCGGCUAAUCAAAUAAACCAGAAGGAAAUUCAUUGGGGGUUGCUUGAAGAUUCGUUGGAAGAACGCUUGGAAAAGGUCAGUGAAAUGGCUUUAGAUUCUGAAAGAGCUGAAGGCGAACCAAAAGAAGGGGAGGCUGAUGAAAGUAAGAAGAAAUCAAUUGAAGUUGGUAAACAGGGUGCUUCUAUCAAAAAACAAAAAAAGGACAAGGCUGUUAGUGCAAUAGCGAAAAGUGCACGCCCCGAGGCAACCCCUGUACCUACCGCACCACGAGUCAAACCAGAACUUACUUUGCCAGUAAUUCCACCAGAAGUUGAACAGUCUAUUCUUGAGGACUUGAGAAACCGUGUACAGUUGAGUAGUGCUGCGCUACCAUCCGUCAGUUUUUAUACUUUUAUCAACACACACAAUGGUUUGAACUGUUCAUAUAUAUCCCAUGACGGAUCCCUGGUUGCCGGUGGAUUUUCUGACUCAUCGCUGAAGGUCUGGGACAUGGCAAAGAUUGGGCAACAGUCUGUUGGUUCAGAUCUGCAGGGUGAAAAUGGCACGGCUUCAAGUGAACAAGUUGCUGGGUCAAAUGGCGGGAAAAGACCAUACACAUUGUUUCAGGGUCAUUCAGGGCCAGUUCAUUCUGCUACUUUCAGUCCUCUUGGUGACUUCAUACUUUCGUCUUCAGCAGACUCAACUAUUCGGUUGUGGAGUACAAACCUAAAUGCUAAUCUUGUUUGCUACAAGGGUCAUAACUACCCUGUAUGGGAUGUUCAGUUUAGCCCUGUAGGUCAUUAUUUUGCCAGUGCUUCACAUGAUAGAACAGCAAGAAUUUGGUCUAUGGACAGAAUACAGCCUUUAAGAAUAAUGGCAGGGCACUUAUCUGAUGUUGAUUGUGUACAAUGGCAUUCCAACUGCAAUUACAUUGCUACUGGUUCUAGUGACAAAACAGUUAGAUUAUGGGACGUUCAGAGUGGAGAGUGUGUCCGAAUAUUCAUUGGCCACAGGAGUAUGAUUUUAUCUCUAGCAAUGUCACCUGAUGGCCGAUAUAUGGCUUCGGGUGAUGAAGACGGCUCAAUCAUGAUGUGGGAUCUUUCAACUGGCCGCUGCGUUACACCUUUGAUGGGUCAUACAUCAUGCGUAUGGACAUUGGCUUUCAGUGGUGAAGGUUCACUCCUUGCUUCUGGAUCUGCUGAUUGCACGGUUAAAUUAUGGGACAUAACUGCAAGUACAAAGUUGCCCAAGGCUGAAGAAAACAGAAGCGGAAGUGCUAGCAGAUUGAGGUCAUUGAAGACUUUACCAACCAAGAGUACGCCUGUCUACUCCUUAAGGUUUUCUCGAAGGAAUCUUCUGUUUGCAGCAGGGGUCCUUUCAAAAACUGUUUAAGUACACUCCCCCCCAGACUGUUGAUUCAAUUCUUGGAAGACCGCCUGAGUUUGCAGUUUUGCACCACCACGCCACCAAGAGUCUUUUAUGUCUGCCUUCCUGUAUUCAUUACUGCACCUAGCUAGAGUAUAUCAUACCAUGAGACCCUGGAUUUUAUUUUUGUAGUUUGGAACUUUGGAUUGCAUCAUCUCAAACGUAGCCGCCUUCUCAUUCUCUUUUGUUAGAUAUUGGAGCUUGUAUUUUCCCCUAGUAUGGUGCUCCUUUGUUAUAUUGGAUCUUGUAUUUUUCCCUUGUAAAAUGAGUCGGAUUUCCAUCGGUCAUGAAUUUCAGAAUUU